UUACUUAUAACAUGUUUCAAGAGUUGCUUUUUUCUUUUUGUAUAGGAGAAAUUACCAUGCUGUUCCUUACAUGCUAAAUGGCACAACAUGAUUAUUCUUGCCUUCACUUUCUUUAUCUCCCAUUUCUCCACCUCCCCCUGUACUUUCUUGCAUCGUUCUUUGCUUGAGGCAGCAGUGUGUUCUCCUUGCUUCUUUUUCCUCAGGAACAAGGAGUUGAUAUUAGCUGCCGGAGUCGUUCCGCUUCUCCAGGAAAUGACAUCCAACCAUGACUCUCAUCCAUCAGCAACGGCUCUAUAUCUGAAUCUUUCCUGCCUUGAAGAUGCCAAGCCCGUACUAGGCUUGAGUCAGGCUGUACCCUUUCUUACCCAGCUUCUUAAAGAUGAAACUGCACCUCAGUGCAAGCUUGAUGCUAUUCACGCCCUUUACAAUCUCUCCACCUACCAUGACAAUAUUGGAUACCUGCCUUCGGCAGGCAUUAUCAGUGGCCUUCAAUCUCUUCUUGCAGAUCUAGUGACCAAAUGUGGACAGAAAAGUCAAUAGCUGUCCUUAUGAAUUUAGAU